AUGGCAUUGGCGGCGGUCGACUGGGGUGGCUGGAAAGACGAGGCCAAGGCGUUCCUGCGCCUCCACCCAGGUGUAGCUGUGGCUGAGCUCACCUGGGGGGAGCGUGUGGUUAUCCCAGGUGCCAAGGAAGCCUUUGCGGUGGCAACCUGGGGCGCUCAAGCUGCCGUCAGAGCGGUGGGCGGGCAGCCCUGUGCCCACUGCGGUACCUGGGCGGGGAGCUUCUGCGAAGGGUGCGAAGACACCCCUGUCGCGAUCUGCACCCGGUGCGACAGAGAGCGGCUCCUGUGCCCGGACUGCAUCGCCAGCAGCCUGCUCUACAAGGAUGCGAGCGCUCCGACAACGCCGGGAUCCUCGAAGUCACCGGGCACCACGACGAACAUGGGAACUUCGUCAGGUAUGAAAAGCCCCCGCGAUUCCCGACCUCAGAAGUGCCCAAGCACGCCGACGGGACGUUCAACAUCGACGAGCUCAUGGCCUUCGUCGAGCGUGGUGCACGCCCGGGAGAACAAGAUGGAGCCAGCACUGCGGCACGUGGUCAGAGAGCUGGCGCCCGAGGUUCAGGGAGCUCUCGCCAGUCUGGGCCUUGAGACCACCGGUGACUUCCACCACUUCUGGCCAUCGGCCCAGCAGUGCUAUGAGGAGCUCGAGAGUAUCUUGGGCCAGAAGCUGGAUGCUCAGGAGGCCAUUCGCGUUGCAGUCGCAUGGACAAAUGCACGCAGUGCCAGCCAGAAUGCCACCGCAGCCCUCAGCGUGGAGGUGGCUCGUGAACGGCUGUCGAGCGUGGGUGGCCCACCUCGGUCAGUUGUGGUCACUCCUGAGAGCGUCCCAGACCCUCAUGCCAAGGAGGAUGCCGUGAAACAGGCGAAACUUGACAAGCUGUUCACCUUGGUUGUUGAGUAUGUGGUCGACCUGGAGGCGCUGAUGACAGGGGCGUCCAGACUCUCUGGGCAGAGGCUGGGCGCUCUAGCGGCAGCACUGAGACGGUGGUUGCGGUUUUGCAGCACCAGGGACAUCGAUGCCAAGAAGCCGAGCCCUUUAGCCUUGGCGGAGUUCCUGAGGGAGGUAUCGGCUGGUGGACCUACAGCUGCUUCCAGCAUGCACGCAUCAUUGCGAUGGUUUGCUGACAACUUCGGAGCAGCCUUCACCAUGGACCACUUGUCAGUGAAGCACUUCCGCUUCCAUGCCGUGCAUCAUACUGGGAAGCAGGCACCCGAGCUCGAGCCAUGGGAAUUUAUUAACCUGGCCCUCCUCAUGGCCAAGGUUCAAGGCUCCCACAAGUUGCUCGUGGCCUUCCUCCUCAUGGUUGCGACUGGCUGCAUUCGCUUCGAGCACGUGCAACGUUCCCGGCUUGUGAGCGUCCAUGGGUCAUGGCUGGAGUUUGAAUGCUCCCAGGGCAAGGCUCGGAAACAAGGAGCUAGACCUGGCUACAGAUGGGGCCUCCCGCAAGUGACAAUGCACGGCCACCACAUGACCAAGGUCAUCCAGGAGUUCUUCAACCACGAGUUCCCCAAGGACCAUACGUUCUUGAUGCCGGCCCUGGAGCUUAAUGCCGAGGACCUCUGGGAGGUCACAGAGGCAACAGCCUUUAUCACCAAUAAGGCCAUGUCCAGAGCACGAUUCCUCGAAGUGAUGCGGGGUGCCUUGGUUCAAGUGGGUGUCGACUUCACCCAAGCCCAAUCGGCAACAUACAACAAGCUGAGGAGGUUCCUACCGACGAUGGCGAACGUUAUGGAACUCCCCGACCUUGACCUGCAGUCGGUGGGCAACUGGACAGAACUGCCAUCUGGGGGCGGCAGGGACCCUUCCUCCAAGAAACCCAAGGGUUCCAUGCCGAUGGGGGUCCACUAUGCCGGUUCCCGCGUCCUCAGAUCCCUCCAGGUUAAGCAGAGGUGCGUCGACAGGCUGUUUGCCCUCUACCAGAAGAAGAGGCAGGAGCUCGCUAUGACGGCCGAAGGGUUCCUUUGCCGGGACGCUUGGCAGUGGGCUGAGGUGGCAGCCUUGCAUCAAGCCCUUCCAGAGGAUCUGACGCCCCUGGCGAAGACGGAAUCCCUCGGGGACAUUGAGGUCGCCCCUGGAGCCUUGGAUGGAGUGGAGGCCCGGGCGCCCCCUCCACCUGCUGAGUUACCAGUGGAGGACGACUCAUCGUCCAGUCUGGACACGUCGACAGACGACUCCAGUUCAGCCUCGGAUGAAUCCGCAGAUGGCCAGGACCUAUGUGGGGUGGUGGCUGAUGACUCAGCGCCCGAUGAGCUUGGUUGGCUGCGCCAGGGCAAGAAGCUGCACAUCAUUCGUGAAGAAGUUGAAGGACGAGCCAUACCGUGGUGCAGAGACUUCGCAUACCAACAAGACCCUGCUGAGCGCGGCCGCGGGUUCACCCUGACGCCUCGUACAGACUUUUGUCAGCGCUGCUUAGGUUUUUGUGGCCCAAGCUCCGUGCCCACGAUGUCUCGCAUAGACGUGCGUCAAGAUGACAAGGGCCUUGCCGCUUGCUUCCUCGGUGCCAGCCUGAAGACGGAAUGGACUGAUGCCUACCUUCGCGUUCAUCAUGUCACGACCCUGGACGACUUCAUCUACAUGGUCAAAGCCAGUGACUGGGAGCAGUCACUGGGUGACUUGCUGUCCCAAGUCCCAGAGCUCAAGGACAACCGGAUAGUGGAGGCGCGCUUCAAGAGCGCUUUCGAAGCCGGUCAACAGGCCUUGAAACAGGCCGUUCAGACCGCCCCCAAGACGGAGGACUUGGACGAAGCUUUGCCCGAUAGCACCGUCCAGCAAUUGAACUCAGACUGGACCCGCCGCUAUAACCUGACCUUCGACUCGGUGCUUGAACCAUCCGAGCAGCUUCGAGCGCGCAUCUACAGGGAGUUCAAGAAGGGCACCAUGACGGUGGUAGAUAUGAAGAAGGUGCGAUCCGUGCUCACGAUGGCCCAGCCCAAACCCAGUGACUCCAUUGCUCUACCUGGCGGCCUCCAGUUGCAGCUGGAGAAGGAGGUCUCUGUGAGCCUCCGGUCCGUCACGGACUACUACUUUGCCAUGAGAGCCCUUGCACAUGCUUGGGCCUGGGCUGGCAACUACUUGGUGCAGGCCGACAAGCAGAACGUGCUCUUCAUGGACCUUUCUUGCGCAUUGCACUACUGCGACAGGGCCCUCAAGGACACCAUGGAAUUCGGGGGUGGCAGCCUCGCUUGGUUGCAAAGAAACGACGCCCUGACUCGUGGCAAGAUGGCCACGUAUAUCCGGCGUGGACAACCAGGACAAUGGGCUCUUGACAGCGCCUUGCGGGAGACGCACCUGGAGUGGAGAUCACCAGCUAUACAACCACUUGCAGAGCUCCCGGAGUCCAAACCUGGCAAGCGUCCGGCAGAUGUCCAGCCAGGGCUCAAUGACCGCAAGCGUCAGGUCAAAGGAGACUCCUUCCGGACGGUGAGCCAAGUGAAAGGGGGGCAGAAGAUCUGCAAGCCUUGGAAUGAUGGCCGAGGCUGCAGUGAUAAGGCUUGCCAGGCCUUGCAUUGCUGUGAUGUUCGCAUGGAUGAAGGGGCCCGUACCUGGCUUGUUUUGGAUUUGUGGGCUGGCUAUUCCGGCCUUUGUGUGGCGUUGCUCCAACUGGGCAUGCACUUCUACGCAGUAGCCGCUGAGUGUGAUGAUGUAGCUCGUGAGGUGGCCCACCAUAACAUGCCCAACAUCGUCCAUGUGACCCAGGUCGAGUUCCUGACGGCCCAGGCCUUUGUCCCUUUCUUGCAGCGACGCAACCUGAGGGGCGUCUUGAUGGGGGGUGGCAGUCCCUGCCAGGGCAACACGUCCUUGAACUUGGCCAGGCGCGGUUUGGAAGACCCCCGCAGUUGCCAACCCUUGGAGCUUUGUCGCCUUCGGGAUGAAUUUUUGGCGCUGCCGGAGAUGGCUGACAAGGAGCUUGUCACUUUUCUGGAGAAUGUCGGCAGCAUGCCGUUGACAGUGCAGUCCUCGUACAGCAGCUGGCUGGGGGGUGCUGAGGAGAAGCCUCUGCCAAACAAGUGCUUCUUCCACCAGGGCUACCAGCCGCUCUUGGAUCCCAAGGCCGUGCUUAAAGCGGGCGGGUCAGGGGCCAUGCAUCCAUUCACCCGGGAAUUUUUCCACCCCACUGACAGGACGUCAGGGUCAUCAGCAGCUGCUGUCGCCCGUUUUAUGCAGGAUGAUCGCCGGUUCCCCCCUUCGGCCUAUGAAGAAGGCUCGUUGUUGUGGAGGGACCAGGAUUGGCGCCAACCAUUGCCAACAGAAAGAGCUCAACUGAUGGGCAUGCCCCCCUCGAGUUUUGAUGUGGUCCCUGGCACAGCUCUUCUCCAACGACAGCGCCAGAACAGUCUUUUGGGCAAUGGUUUCCACAUUUUUUCGCUGCUGGCCGUGCUGUGCUUUUUGCCCCAGUUGAUGGAGGCCAAGAUGGUGCCUAGCUUGACCUCGGUGGAUGAGCUCCAGUUGCACGACCGCUUGACGCACACCGUAUGGGCUCCUCACCGAUUGGCCACCUUUCCCGGCUUGACAAGUGCGGCAGUGCCUGGUUUGUUUCCUGAUUGUGCCGUCGCUCCGAGCGUUAUGAUGGAAGUACAACGUCGUCUGGGACACUGUGACCUUCCAGCCCUUCAAGGGUAUCCUGCAUGGUGCCGCCUGCGAGGGAUGCCUGUUGACGAAUUGGGACCCCACCACUUGACUCGCACUGACAGAGCGCAGGUUUACUCUGGUUUGACAGGCCAACGACAUCCAGCCGAUUCGUCCAAAGGACUGGACCAUUUGCUUGCAGCUGGGCUUGGCAAGGAGGGACAUAUGGCGGCUUCUGCCCUGUUGCCUUCACCAUUCCAGGCUGUUGACUGGCCUGAGACCGAUGUGUUAUAUGUCAUCGAAGCCAUCUGCGCCUGGCAGCAGUACAUGCCGUCCUAUGCUGCGAAGCUGCGGCAGAUCCUGCGGUCUGUGGCCAAGGCAGUUCAGCCUCUUGAGGAAGCGCUAGCUCACUGGCGUUCGGAGAGUGCUCACCGGGUGGCCUCCUCCAAACGUCCAGGGUUCAUCGGCGUUAUGACUGUGCUCCUCCGCUGGCCGGACCUCCUCCAAGCGCAAUGCAUGAUCCUUGGCUACCCCAUUGUGGGCGAGAUCGAGCCAUCUGGCUUAUUCCGUCCCGUUCCAGCCAAGCAGGUCGAACCCCUGGAGGUUUGGUUAUCUGAUGCUGAGCAAGUUGUGGACGACCUCAUGCGAUCGCGGCCACCCAAACAUGCCGCUGAUAUCCUUGAGCAGACUAUAGCCGAGCAGGAGAAAGGGUUUUGCUCACAGCUCGUGUCCCGGGCUUCCUUGGACCGGCAAUUUGGCAUGGGUCAAUGGCGCCCUUUAGAGCGGUUCCAGAUUGUGCAAGCGGACAACAAGAAGAGGAUGAUUGACAAUGGACGUCGCACCCUACACAAUGCCCACACCAGCAUGGCCGAGACGAUCUUCACGGUCAGCAUCGACUUUGUGGCCUCCGUAGCCGCAUCUCUUUGCCGGCGACUUUCCUCUGAUGAGCAUGGGCCGGCUCCCAGUUUGCCUGACUGGGUCAGGAUCCGACUGGGGACCGACGACUUGCCUGACGCCUACCGUGGCCUACCAGUCCACCCAGACCAUCAGAGGUUUUCCGUCGUGGCGAUCUUCGUCCCUGAGCUGGGCUGGCGAUUUACCAAACUCUGGGGCCUGGCGUUCGGUUUGGAGAGCGCGGUCGUCGCCUUCAACAGGUUCCCUCAACUGGGUAUCGCAAUCGCCAGACGGUGUGCACUUAGCCUGGGAGCAGCGUACUUUGACGAUGAGCUCUCGAUGGAAGCCAUCACCGAUGCGGAUGUCUCCCAAGUAGGCCUGCGCUUAGUCUUCCAGUUGAUGGGUGCUAACCCCCAACCAGAGAAAGGCUUCAAGCCGACGGCUAACAGGCACUACUUGGGUACGGGCGACACCACCUCCUGUGGCAUCAUCCGCGUCCAGCCCAAGGCCGCCACCACUGCCAAGGUCCUCGCCAAGUUGGACGACAUUUUGUUGACGAACCGCCUGUCCAGAGAUGAUGCAGGCAAGCUCCGCGGCGACAUCACUUGGCUCUUCACUAUGUGCUCUGGCCACCUUGGUAAACUGGCCAGACCUACAUUAUCAGCACAUCAAUUCGGCAACGAACCGGAGCUUCAACCCCUUGAAAGGCGUCAAUUAGAGGUCCUCCGUCGAGCUGUGGCGCUUGCAAGACCGCGUGACAUCCCAGUCCACCCUUGUAUGGACGUCGUCACCCGCGUCUACUCCGAUGCAUCCUUUGAGAACGAGGUCCUCCGCCUGGGAUGGGUGAUUUUCCCUCCGGUGGGCGUGCCUGUGGGUGGGACCUGUGUUGUCCCCCCAUGGGUAAUCUCUCAAUGGAAGCCUCGGACUCAGCAGAUAUAUCCUGGAGAGACCCUUGCGGCCGUGGUCGUCCCAGCACUGUGCCCGAACCUUCUUCGUGGCCAAGACGUGCUGUGGUUCUUUGAUAAUGAAGCUGCAGUUAGCGCCAUUAUCAGGGUGUCUACUGCCGAACCGGACGUCUUGAUCCUGGUCCAGCAAGCGCACUUGCAGUUCCACGAGCUCCAGAUGAGGACUUGGGUCGAAUGGAUCGACUCCUCGUCCAAUCCGGCUGACGGGUUGUCCCGUGACGGGCUCCUUGACGACUGGACUUUAGCCCAAUCGUGGCAAGUCUCAGAGCUUUCCCUCUCCUUAGCGAUCCCGCUAGUGCUGGCAGGUGCCAACCUCCCAGGCCACAAGACGCCCCUUCCAGGCCUCCACAUCUGCGGGGAUUCCACCUACCCCGGCAUCGGCGUGCCCUCUGCCGCCAUGGGCGGACACAUCUGCGCCAACAACAUCUUGUCGCUGCCGGAGCAUUGGGCCCAAUUGGAUCGCAUCAAAGACUGGCACUACGAGCUGGACAUGUGA